AUGAGCAGCAAGCUGUGGGAAUAUUUCCUCCAGGAUGAUGUCGAGAGCUUCCAGCGGUUCCUGGCCAGCGCGACCUUCGCCAGCCAGCGAACUGGGGGUGCUGGUCCUCCGUCGGUAGCCACAACCUUCAAAGCCGGAAGCCCUGGAUCGGUGAUCACAUCGUCUCCCAACCCCCCAAGAAGCAAAAAGGUUCAUGAAUCCCCUGGGACAUCUGCACCGGACCGUUUAGGCUUGCAGCGCGGAAACACGACCCUCUCACGGACCGAGAUCAACGCUCGAGAUCACUACGGCAGAACGCUUCUGCAUCAUAUUGCCUCGUCAUCGAAGUCGACCGCUGCCCACUUCGCGGGGGCCCUGUUGGACAUACCAUUUGUGGACAUCUAUGCACAAGAUUGGGAGAGCGGAUGGACGGCUCUUCACCGAGCUCUCUACGCGGGAAAUGCCUCGAUUGCGCGAACAUUGAUGGCGCGCGACAUCCGCGACGCAACAGACUUCAGCAAACCAGGGAAUCAGUCUAGUGGUGGUCUGAUCAAGAUCAAGGAUCGAGAGGGGUAUAGUCCUUUUGAUGUCUAUGGAGCAACCAUCACAUCGCGUGACAUCAAGGUCAGCUCCACCGCGAAGCUCUCCAGCAACAUACUUGCCGAUGCCAUGAGUGACGUUGCUUCCAACCAUGUUCCAUCGGUCUACGGCGACGAAUCUGAAAACGAAGGCUUCGUGAUGCGGGGCGUCGUAAGAGCAAGCCCAGACUUGGCCGCGGACGAAGUCUUCACAUUUGGAAGCAACAAGAACCUGAGCCUCGGACUAGGUGACCAGGACGACCGACAGUUCCCGGAGCGCAUCUCUCUGAAACGGCCAGGCCAUCUUCUGCAACGUUUCUACCGCGAAUACCAGGAAUUCGUGGAGCGCUUUGGGCUCGAGGAGACCGUUCAGUAUGGCUCUUCCAAGGAUUUGCCUACGCUGAUCAAGAACAAGCCUAUGAAGUUCCAGAACAUUGUCAUGUCUAAACUCCAUACUGCCAUCAUCACCAAUGACCCAGAGUCCAAUCUAUUCAUCUGCGGAUUUGGCCCAGGUGGACGACUGGGCACGGGCGACGAGUCUACUCAAUUUGGCUUUGUGUGUAUCGAGACCGGUGGACUUGCUGAUAAGCGGGUCAUGUCAGUAGCUUUGGGCCAGGAUCACAGCUUGGCCAUCACCGAGUAUGGCGAGAUCUUCAGUUGGGGAAGCAACAAGUUUGGGCAACUAGGCUACGGCCUGCCCCGGACCAACAACAGAAAUGAUGUGCCAAUGCAGUUGACACCCCGCCAAAUCUUCAAUCCCUUCAAGAAGGAAACCAUUCUGGGCGCAGCGGCGUCUUCAAUUCAUUCGGUGGUCUACACCCACACCGGACUGUACACGUUUGGUAAAAAUGAAGGCCAACUCGGCCUGGUUGAUUCCGAUGCUCGGUCCCUCGAAGUUCAGACCACUCCUCGGCGUGUGGGAGCUUCUCUUUUCAACUGCCCCAUCCAGAUGGUGUCGGCCAUCGACCGUGCCACGGCAGUGCUCCUUCAGGACCAUGAGGUUUGGGUAUUUUCGCAAUACGGCUACUCCAAGCUAUCGUUUCCCCUGGAGGCCACUUCCAGAUUUAUCCGAGAUAGCUUCAUGGCUACAAGAUAUGACACUUCAGUCAACCGAAUUGUCAAGCUUGCAGGUGGUGGCAGCACCAUUUGUGCACUGUCCAGCUCCGGUGACGUAUUCACCGUCGAAGUCAACAAAUCGGAGAACCCUUCAACUUCGACGUCAACCACCAAUCCAGUCAAGAUCCGGAAUUCCCUCGCCACCCCUGUCCGGUCGUGGUCUGUCAAGAAGUCUCAUAUGGCCGCGCAGGAUGUCGACGUGGGACAAGACGGUUCUAUCAUCAUCUGUACCACAUCAGGGUCGGCCUGGAGGAAAGAGAAACGAACCAAGACCAAGGACAGUACUUUGAAGGACUACAAGUUCGCCCGAAUUCCUGGAUUGUCCAGGGCUGUGGCCGUGCGCAGUAACGCUUUUGGUGCCUAUGCCGUUGCUCAGCGCGAAUGUGACGUGACGAAAGAGCAGAUCCUUGUGGAUCCGAGCACGCUUUGGGACGAUAUUUUGCCUCUCUCACCAUUCACUACGCCUACACCAAAGGAUGUGCAGUCGAUAUCCCCGAAUGACCUUCUCGGUGGACCUGCUGAGCCACUGCCUGCUGCAGUCUCCAUGAAACAAGCCAUGCUCUUAUCAUCGGACAUUGAGAGUCAAUUCCUUUCGGCACCAUCCAAGGGAACUGUUUGGGUUACUAGCUCCCUCUCCGAUGCCCGAAUCCCUAUUCAUGAGUUCCUCUUGAAUGGGCGCAGUCUUGUUCUCAGAAAAGCGCUCCAGGAGUUUCGGCAGUCGUACUACGCCUCCGUGCCGGAUGUCUUUGACAUUGAAUAUGGAAAAGACGGCCAAACCCAGAUCCGAUUCCACGCUCUUGAUUUCCUGACAAUCUUGAACCUUGUGUUUUUCCUUUACACUGACAGGACCGUUGACUUUUGGCAUAAGACGAGAGAGUCGCCUCAGAAUGCGUCUCGCUACCGCCAGGUUCGCACAGAGGUUAUGCGGGUUGCUACCUAUCUGGGCCUAUCAACACUAGAACGAGCCGCCAGGCUCAUGGUCGACCCAGAAAGCAGUCUCAAGAUCGAUAUGGCGAAUGCCAUAGGGGAUCCUUCAUUCUUCGACAGUGGAGAUGUGGUUGUGCAGCUGAACGGCGGAAGUGUCCUAGUACAUAGCCAGGUAGUGUGCCAGAGAUGUCCGUUUUUCGAUGCCAUCUUUCAUGGCCGCUCGGGUGGAAGGUGGUUAGAGCUGCGCCAAGCAGACCCAGAUGAUCGUGUGCAUGUCGACCUCAAACAUAUCGACCAGCCGAUAUUCGACUUUGUCUUGCGUUUCCUAUACGCUGAUAUGGAAGAGCGCCUGUUUGACGAAGUUCGAACUAAGAAUCUUGAUGACUUUGUCGACUUAAUAUUGGAUGUGAUGUUUGUGGCCAAUGAGUUGAUGAUCGACCGGCUGUCCCAGGUUUGUCAAAAGAUGUUGGGUCGGUUUGUCACUACACGAAAUGUGUGUUAUUUUCUGAGCUGUGUCGCUCCUUGCUGUGUUACGGAGUUCAAAGAUGCCGCGCUGGAAUACAUCUGUCUCAAUCUCGAGGACAUGCUUGCGAACAGGUAUCUGGAAGGCUUGGAAGACGAUCUCCUCAGUGAGCUGGAUAUGAUCUGCCAUGAGAACCAACUAUCAUGCUUCCCAAUUUCUCGUGGGCGAAACUCUGAAGAGUACAUCUUUGAAAGGUAUCCAGAGAUUGUCGGAUCGAUUGAGGCAGAUAAACAACGACGCAUUGACGCGAUGACCCUGCAAUCUCGCCUAAGUCGAGUCGAGUCUUACGAUGUGCGACCACGGUUGGUCUCAAACGAAAAGACCAACCUGGCAUCUUCCGCACGCAAAGCGAAGGCUAGCGCGCCUAGAGACGGGUUAGGCUUCAUAAGCAGUCCAAUGCUGAAGCCGAAACAGUCUACCGGGGACUUGAUGUUCCAGAUGGAUGACGAAGCCGCUCUAUCACCCGGCGAUACGAGCAAGGGAAAGGCCAUGCGCGGGCCAAGACCGGGAGAGAGUAUGCUUGAGCCCCGGUCCUAUCCCGAUUCUCCGGCGCUGGCAGGAAGCGUUCCCGAGGCUGAAUCCCUUGGGGAUCGGAGCCUGUUGGACGAGCAAAUGUCUCCCACGCAAGACACGCUGCUCAUGCAGUCUCCAUCUCGGGUAAUUGCUAUGCACGAGAAGCAACCUCUGGCCUCACCGUCCGAUUUCUCUCCGGCACCAUGGACAUCGUCAGCCAUCUCAAGCUCCAAGAAAGAUCUUAAAAAUAUCAUGAGCGAGACAUCAUCUCGUGUGUCGAACCUUACUCUGGAGAUGGCAAACCGGCGAGAGAGCAGCGGGAAAUUUACAUCGAAGAUGUCUCAAAAGGAGCGCAAGAAAAUGCAGCAGCAACAGCUUCAGGAGAAAGCAGCCGCACAGCAACAGGCGAAAGAAGCGUCUCAGAACCCAUGGCAACUGCCCCCAGCUGCUGCGCCGGCUGGUCCAGGCUCGCUCGACCCUCUUCCGGGCCAACAUACACCCAGUUCGUUGGACCCCGAGCCUCCAAAAACACCACAGCGGCCAGCCAUGACACUCCGGCAGACCGUGGCUGGGACGCCUCCACCCCGCUCCAAGUCCGAGUCCAUUCCCGUCCAGACACCGACCCGGAAGGUUUCAGGAACCCUUUCACCUUCCUCCUUAUCCAAACAGUCUGUCCCACCGGGCCCAUCGACCCCAUCGCACAGCAGUCCUGCCGCGCCAUCGCCGCAACCUGCCAUCCAGUCCAUCCGCCACAUUCCUCGCCCAGGUCCACACCCAACAGCGUCUGGGUCUCGCUCCCCAUCCUACAGUGGUCUCUCCCUCGCAGCCAUCUUGAUGCAACAGCAAAGCGAGAAAGACGAGAUCCGCGAGGCUGCCACUGCAAAACACAAUCUGCAGGACAUUCAAGCCGAGCAAGAGUUCCAGCAGUGGUGGGACCAGGAGAGCAAGCGCGUCCAGGGACUUGUUGAUGACCCUGAUGCGGAUCGAGAGCGGUCAGGGAGGGGUGGUGCUGGUCGUGGCGGCCGUGGCGGAGGUGGUCAGCGCAAGCGACGAGGUAAUCGCAAUCUUGGUUCUAUUUCUGCGCCUGAUGUGCCAGGAGAUCAAGGCAACCAUACUACCCCCAAGAAAGAGACGAAGGCUCCUGCGCCAGCGCCGCAACAGAGGGGUCCUAGUGGGAACCACACCGGCAGUGUCGGCGGGAACAGCAGUCCCAGCCGUGGCGGUCGAAACCAGCGUGGCAAAGCAAAGGGCCGAAGUUAG